AUUACCAUAGAAUUCCUGACGUACACAGGGUUCCUUGCGAAUUCUACAUAAGCCACAUGAACUUGGAUAAGCGUACACGUAUCCAAUAUAGAAUCAUCCACGAACGUAACUAAUCAACCACCUUUCUGUUAAGUUAAUACUCAGUCACGAUGCCAAACGCUGAUAAUGAUGACGACGGCUUGGUGUUAAACCUUGGGUCGAACAUCGAUCAAGGGCCACUAUACAGGGACAAUGGGAUGCCGUACCAUCCACGCCGGAAUCCCCGUGCUAAAAGUAAAAAAAUGCAGAAGGCGCCGAAAAAAUUCGCUCCCGUAGUAUUCAGUGUUCGACCAGCAGCCAAUCAUAACGCACGUUCUAAAAAUAUCACCAAGGGACACAGUAAUAAAAACAAAGAUGCCAAAGGCAAGACACCUACGUUAGCUGCCGCCGAAGCCGCUGGUAUUACCAGCAUAGUGACAGGAGAUGGAGACAAAGCCACAUCACAUGAUGCGAAUGACAGAGCAAACGCAAAUGCCACAGAUCGCGCAGCACAGAAGGGAUCACGCACUGAAGAAAAGACUGAAGGUAGCGAAAGUGCUGAACAAGGGAAGAAGCGAGUACAGACGGAAGGUCAGGGCUCUGGCUCGGUGGCUAAGAAGGCCAAGACCGAAAUCUCCUCGUCCAGUGCUCCCAGAGGUCAAGAGCACAUCUCCUCUCUCUUCUCAUACAAUCCCGAGAUGCCCGAGAGCCUCAGCCAACACAACCAAGACGACACACCACUGGGUGAAGACGAUGAGGACGUGACAGACUUACCUUCUUCACAUGCCAACAACGUGUUCCACGAUGCCAAAACCUUCGAAGCGCUUGGGGUGGGUUCGCGGUUGGUGCGGUGUAUGAGUGAGCGCUUGGGGCUUUUGCAGCCCACAACGGUACAGUCGGCAGUUAUUCCUCUGGCUCUGAGUGGCCGGGAUGUGUUGGCCCAGUCGGAGACGGGUAGUGGUAAGACUAUGGCAUUCCUGUUACCUAUUGUUGAGAUACUCAGCUCGUUUGAGACGCGUGUACAGAGAAGCGAUGGCAUCCAGGCGCUGAUUAUAUCACCUACGCGUGAGUUGUGCUUGCAGAUUCUCGAUGUGCUUGAGACACUCCUCCACCCUGUGCAUUGGAUUGUUCCGGGACAUGUGAUCGGAGGAGAAAAGAAGAAGUCAGAGAAGGCGCGAAUUCGUAAAGGUAUCAAUGUGCUGGUAGCCACGCCCGGUCGAUUGGUUGAUCAUCUCUCCACGACCUCUUCGCUCAACGUGUCAAGGUGUCGUAUGCUGGUGUUGGAUGAGGCUGAUCGUCUCAUGGAACUUGGGUUUAAGAAGGACCUGGUGACUAUCAUCAAUGCCCUUAACGGAUACCACCCCAAUUUCCUGGAAGCCGAUAGCGUGGGUGCAGACAGGAAUGCCGAGGGAAUUCUCAAACCCAAGGUGGUCCGGGAUAGAUUUAUCGCUGGGAAAACUAUCCGACGCCAGAACGUGCUGGUCAGUGCUACGUUGAACUCCAACGUCCGCCUUCUCGCCGAGCUGGCGCUGGACAACCCUGCUCGUGUGGUGUUGCAGGGCGACCAUGGCAGCGAUACAGUGGCGCUCGCUGCGGCCGAUGAGGAGACGAGUGCGAGCGAAGGUGUGCCUGUGGUCACGGAACAGAUGGCUAAGGAGGCUCUGGAGACCAUACCUGAGACGCUGAACGCAACGGCAGGUGAUGAAGAGAACGAUGCGAGCAACAGUGAGGAUGAGCGCGUGGUGGACUUCAUGUCGGAUGACGAGGACGAGGAGAAGCAGGAAAGCUCGGUAGUCGAGGAGGCAGAGGCUAAGGGUGACGAACCCGUGGAGGUGGAUGUGAAGGAUGUGGAUGAGAUAGAAGAAGUGGCUGAAGCAGAUGAGGGGCAAGGUAUGGAUCUGGACGGGGACAUGGAUACGACCGCACCCGCAAACAUAGAUACAGACACGGUAGAGGUAGAGCGGCCGUAUGUAUGGGGAGGACCUGAGGGUGAGAAAACAAGCGAGGGCGGCGAGAAGACAGAAGAAGCCGGCGAUAAAAUAGUCGACACGCCACAACCGGCCGACGCGGUUGUCCCUGCGCCAUUUGUGCCGACCGGGGGUAACGCGGCAACACAGUUCAAAACGCCCGCGAAGCUGCACCAGAAGUACAUUGCAGUGCCAAGCAAGCUACGGCUGGUGACGCUGGCGGCGCUGCUGCGAGGCGAGUGCACGGAUGUGAAGGGGAAUCCCACAAGCAAGGCCAUUGUGUUCAUGAGCACGUGCGACCUGGUGGACUUUGUGUACGAAGUGUUCCACGCCAGAAGCACGUGGGGCAACAAGGACAAGCAAGGUGAUACGGAUGCGGAGAGCCCGCUCUUUGGCCGUCUGCACUUUGUGCGGCUGCACGGUAAUAUGAAGCAGCAGGAACGCACACAGGCGUUCAAGAAGUUCAGCAAGGCUCCGACGGGGGUGAUGAUCUGCACGGAUGUGGCUGCGCGAGGGUUGGAUCUGCCGUUCGUGAAGUGGAUUAUCCAGUACACCAUCCCCGCAGAGGUCUCCGACUAUGUGCACCGUAUCGGGCGUACGGCGCGUUUGGGCGAGAGCGGCAGUGCGGCUGUGUUUGUGACCCCUGGGGAGGCGGACUUUAUCAAAGUGCUCGAGCAGCAAGGUAUGAACGUGCAUUCGAUAGAGAUGAACGAUGUACUGGGUAGUCUUGAGAAGGUGACUACAGUUGCGUUCAGAGAGAAGGUCAUCCGACAGAACGGGGGCAAACGUGGGAAGGCGAAGGAGCUCUCCAAUGUGGUGCAGAGCAAGGCCACACUGCUGCAGAUGGAGAUCGAGGAGCAGGUCAAGGCUACCGAAGAUAUGCGCUGGUUGGCACGCAAUGCGUUCCGCUCGUAUCUACGUGGCUAUAUGACAUACCCGAAGUCCAUGAAGGCCUUUAUGCACAUCAAGAAUCUGCACCAAGGGCAUGUGGCCAAAUCGUUUGGCAUGCGUGAAGCACCCAGCGAUGUUCUGAAAUUCAAUAAGCACAAACCGGGGGGGAAGAAAGAGAGUCAAAAAGACAAGCAAGACGCGCGGGAAAAGAAACAGCGCGAGAAGAACACCAAGACUGGCGGAGGCCCAUCACAGAGCACGUACAAGCCUAGGAAUAUCGGAGACUUCAACUUCACGCCCGACGCUAACCCUAGCAAGGACUUCAAGGGCAACCCCAGCCACGCCAGUGGUAUCAAUAGGAGUAGUGGGAGUAGCAAAGGCAACUCGGUCAAAGGAAAGGAUGCAGGGGAUGGCAAAGGGAGUAUGAAGGGGAAGGGCAAAGGCUCGGACAAGGCUGUACGCGCGGAUAGAAAUGUGGGUGGCCAGAAUAACAAGAGCAGUCGAGGCGAGACAACCGUCAAGAACUAUGCGCGUGCGUCAGGCUACCAAUCACGCGUGCCCCUGGGCAUGAACGGCAUUGACCGCAGCAAGUACUCGCGGGCGCCUAUCGGUGGAUGAGCAGUGGUCAAUACGACUACCUUCGGAUUGAUAUAUCCGGGUACAAGGAGUGUUCGUAGGUCCAUCACCAGGUUAGUGGUGAUAUAAGCCAGGGGUAACGCGUGUUUAAGUUUAAGGCCAGGCUUCUCGAUCUCGGGAAAGCUGAGUGCGGCAUAGAAGGCGGUCGAUGAGUCCUAAGGAACUUUGAGCGCUACUAGCAUGCCUUAGGUAUUACAGUUGCCUGAAGGAAAGAUCAAAUAAACUAG